CGGGACUCCGCGCGGGGAGAUGACGGUCCGAUAAUCGUGACAGAUAUUGUGAGAGUGUAGUGGUCGCAUUUCUGGUAAUGGGGCGGCCAAGGCGGUGAUCCGGUGCACCGAGCAGAAUGCUGAGUCGUCUGCAGGAGCUGAAGAAGGAGGAGGAGACUCUGCUGAAGAUCAAGGCGGCCCUGCACGACCAACUCAACAGGUUGAAGGUUGAGGAACUGGCUCUUCAGUCCAUGAUAAGCGCUGGAGAAGACCAGGAUCUUCAAGAGGAGCAGCCUCAGGUGGAUACCAAGAAUGUGGAUGACGAAACUGUGAUCAAUCAAACUCAGCUGCAGCUGGACACACUGGAUUAUAAUGAUGAGGAGAUGGAGGAGGAGGAGGAGGAAGAAGAGGAGGAUUCAGACACCUAAUGCACCACAGGAGACCUACCCAAGGACGUCGUGUCCUCCCCCACCCUGUUAAUGUCCUACAGCACUCUUACUUGCAUGCAUCGCAUUAGUUUCACGUCCUGUCCAUCGGAGGAGUCCGUGCUGUACAGCAGUUGAAGGGUGGAUGUCGGUGGGAAGACUCUCCAGUAUGUGAGAACUUUUCUACAAGCUUAUCAUGCUGCCAGAGCCAAGUGCACUGAAACUUCUAUGUA